AUGCGUUCCGCCCUCUUCUUCCUCCUCGCAGGAUGCACGACCGCUCUAGGCGCGCUCUAUGAGACGUUUGAUGAUCUCCCGACCUUGGAUUUCGAUUUCAUCAUCAUUGGGGGCGGGACAGCGGGUAACGUUCUCGCCAAUCGUCUGACCGAAGAUCCCCAUAUUUCUGUGCUGGUCCUCGAAGCCGGAGCAUCCACGGCCGGUGUUCUCAUCUCCCAAGUCCCCUUUUACAGUCCUCUGGCCUCUGCGGGGAAUACUUCAAUAGACUGGAACUUCACUACGACUGCACAGACGGGGCUCGGCGGACGCUCCAUUGCAUAUGCGCGAGGCUUCGGAUUGGGAGGUAGUAGCGCCAUCAAUUAUAUGUUAUACACGCGCGGUUCUUUUCAGGAUUAUGAUCGAUAUGCACGGGUUACUGGAGACGAUGGGUGGAGCUGGGACGCGAUGGAGCCAUAUAUUCUCAAGUCGGAAGCAUUUACCACUCCGGUCGAUCACCACAACAUUACCGGGGAGUUUAUCCCAGAGGAUCAUGGCUUUGAUGGGCUGCUCUCAGUUACCCUUCCCGGAUACCCUCGUUUUACAGACUCGCGUAUGAUCCAGGCUACGGCGGAUUUCCCCGACGAAUUUCCCUAUAACGGGGAUUAUAACUCUGGCCAUCAUCUGGGUAUUGGUUGGGAACAAUCGACAGUUCACAACGGCACUCGAAGCAGCUCCGAAACUGCGUUUCUUGCCCCGAAGUACCUUCGUCGGCCAAACUUGCAUGUCCUCAUUCGCACUUAUGUCACCCGAAUCCUCGAAUCCUCGAGUACCAAUAAAGGUGCGAAGACCUUCGAUACUGUGGAAUUCACCCAGGAUGCUGGAGAAACAAUAUAUACCCUUUCGCCUGCCAAAGAAAUCCUUCUCUGUGCUGGAUCUAUCGGGACACCACAUAUCCUUCUCUAUUCGGGUAUCGGUGACGCCGAUGAGCUGACUUCCGUGGGCAUCACUCCCACUGUGCAUCUACCAGAUGUCGGGAAAAACCUCACUGAUCAUCCGAGGUACGCUUUAGCCUGGACCGUGAACAGUACCGAAACCAUCGAGAACAUUUACUGGCGAAAUGAAACGUUCCAAGAGGAGGCACUGGCUGAAUGGGAGGCAACGCGUACCGGCUUUAUCGCCAGCACUUCGGGGAAUCAGUUGGGUUUCUUGAGGGUCACCGAAGGUCUGCUCGAUGAUGAACCGUGUUCAGGCAACGAGACGGCACACUUCGAACUGGUAUUCACGAAUGGUAUUCCUCAAGAGCCAAUACCGGCUAGCGGUGACUACUUCACAAUACUAGCGAUCGUAGUCUGCCCUCUAUCUCGUGGCAACAUCACUAUCAACAGCACGAACCCGUUCGACGCUCCGCUGAUCAAUCCCAACCUCCUCGGGCACUCCCAAGACUUGACUAUAAUGCAAGCCGCAAUCAAUGCAUCGCAGAAAUUCGUCACCGCCCCUGCAUGGGAUGGAUACAUCCUCGAGUUCGCUUCAGAAACUACGGAAGCCGCCAUUCGUGAGGGGGCGGACACGAUCUGGCACCCUGUUGGCACGGCAAGUAUGUCUCCCCGCCACGCUGACUGGGGUGUUGUAGACCCGGAUUUGAAGAUGAAGCACGCGAAGGGUGUGAGGAUCGUGGACGCGUCUGUUUUUCCAUACGUUCCUGCAGCUAACACACAGGCAGCGGUGUAUGCUUUUGCAGAGAGAGCUGCAGAUUUGAUUAAGGGGGAGUAUGUGAAGAAGCAUUGAUCUUUUUUGUUUUUCUUUUGGUGGAGGCUAUAGCGGAGGCGGU